CGCCCAUUUUCACACCAUUCGGUCGGAAGAACUCAUUCCUAGCACAAGUCGCUCCUCGCAAUAAAAGAACCUAUCCGGUAACCAAAGUGCCCGCGUUUGUUGAACUAGAAUACCGCGUAGACGAUCCGGCGGAGGGGAAUGGUGAACCGGCUAUCCAACCCCAAUUCGUUCACCUGCUUUGGUUUUUCCAUUUCAGCAUGGUGUUUUAAUUCAAUACGCGCCUCAAGUUAGACAACAGUGCGGUGGUCGCGUGUCCGGAGCAAAUAUCUCUAAGAGAUGGUGUUGAUCGAUGGAAAAUUGGUUGGCAGUGAAAGUUAUUCAUACGAUUUUACAAACAACCAUUUCACCGAGUGAAACAUCUAGAUUAGGGUCAUUAGCAAAACAAAGUUUUCCGGGAGAAGAUUGUGCAUGUGAUUUCGGUGUGAUAACAUAUUUCACUGGGAAAGUUUCCGCCUGCAUUACUGAAGUGUGAGGCUUUUGGCAUACAUUUAGGAGGGUGUUUCGAAGUGCGUAUCAAUCAAUCGUUCUAUUUUAUUACCCUGUGAUUUGAAGUCGUAGUCAACAGCCAUAAAUGAAGAGUCAUGAAGAAGCAAAAUUUGUCGUUUGAAGACGGUUUAAGUGUCUAUAAGGUGCAACAUUAACGAUCCCUUUCAUUGGUAGUGCUGUGAUUCCCGACUUGCACGAAAAGAGUGUUUUUGGGAGUGGUGCGAAUUUAUAGUGCCAUCGUAUUUUUAGAUAACUGAAUAAACAAAAAUUGAAACGAAGAAAUGUCGAAGCUGAAACUUGUCGGCGGAAGGCCAAUCACCAUGGAUGAAGCUAUUGAAUUGCGUCAAACAGUAUUCGGUUCAGCCGCCAGCCCUCCCCGAGGCGAAUGGACCCGUACCGGAAUCAACUUCGGUGCCGCAAACGGAGAAUAUCCCUACGGACUGCGAACGCCACGCAAUGCCACCCGGGGAAUGCAAUCGGUGCUGCAGGCAUUCAUCAUCAAGCAUUUCAUAUUCGACGUUAAGCCUAGAGAUAAGUCUGUGCCACUCGAGGAACUGUUGAAGCCUACCGAGGCCGAACAGGCACAAGCUCUAUAUCUAGCUAUCUCGGAUAUCCUAUGGAACAUUGGUGAAAAAACCAAGGCAAUUUUCGCUCUACCGGGUGAAGCAUCGCACAUUCCGCACAGCCACGUGUACUUCCAGGAUAACGUUACGGAGAAGCUGUUCUUCUUCGAGUUCACCACGCUGGAUGAGAUGCAGAUCUUCGCCAAGCGUUACCUGCCCUACUUCACCGAGAAUCCAGGUCCCGGGGCCCUACUGCUACUGUACAGCGCCGUUGUGACGCGUGGCAUGGAAAAUCUUAGAAAUGAUUUAGACGCACCAAAGGGAGCACAUUUAAUGGGUCCGUAUGAAGAAGGAUCACUAAAUAUAGUCACUUUGUUGCUGACAGGCCGUGCCACGCCGUACUUACACAAUGGUGUUGUAUACGUUGGCGAUGAAGAUCACUACGCUCUACCACAGUUCGGCAUUCUGGGCCGAGGGUCCAUCGGGUUGCUGAUAUGGGAAGGUGAGAACGAAGCCAUGCGCUCGGCGUCCCGUCAGCCCGGAUCGCGUCUGAAAACACCGGCCACUCCAGUCUGGGUCAGCUGCUGUUGCGGUCACUUUGGGGUGUUGUUCAACUCGAACCGGGAACUGCUACGGAACUAUCACGCCGAAAAACGAUUCGAACUGCACUACUACACGCUGGCCGGCUGCUAUCUAUCGAUGACGGUGGACAAUCGUCAGCAGGAGGAAGGCGCCGACGAUGGCCAGGAAGACGGCGAACGGAAGCAGAACGACAUGGUAUCGACGCCGCUGGAACGCUUGAUCCAUACCAAGUGGAUGGAAGCCAAGAUCACGUACCACGGGCCUUUGCCGGCAUCGUUGAAUUUCUAGAUUUGUUUUUGAAUGAAAUUUAAGUCACAUUGGAACGUAGAUAAGUUUUGAAAAGAACGUUAAUAAUCAUCUGUCAUUUGCGGUCGAUUCUGUGAUAAACAGGGUUAUAGUCAAAGUGUGUGAUUCAAGCAAAUUGCAUCAUAAUUCAUUAAAAGUUUUACUAAAUGUGCUUUUUAGAGGCAGGAAUGACAAACGCCAAAAAACAAUUACGACAAACGGCACGUUAAAUAUGAAGCAUUGCAUUUUAAACACUUAUCGAUAUCAAUGUGAUACUUAUACGUAAAAAGGAGCAAUGCAUGUCAGUUAAGUAGCCUUGAAUUACUGGAGAGUACAAACAUUGAAUAGUCUCAAUAAAGUUUGCAAGUGUUCU